AUGGCCGGCGACUUGCUCGACGACGAGCUCCUCGCCCUCGCUGGCGGCUCUGACGUCGACAGCCGCCCGCGCAAGUCUGGCCUCGCCUCGUCGGCCUCGUCUUCGCCGCCGCCCCAUCACGCCGCCUCGAACGCGGCCGAAGGCAACGGCACCUCGACCGCCACCGCUGCAGGCGGUGAUGCCGACGCCGAUGCCGACAGCGCCACGCCCGGUGCCGCCGCUGCCGCUGCCCGGAAGCGCUCCUCGGCAGCCUCGGCGUCCAUCUCCAAGCGACGCCGCAUCGACCUUCUCGACGAGAGCGACUCGGACAUGGACGCUUCCGGCUCCGAAGACGACGACGCACCGCCGCCUGCAGCCUCGGCAGCGGCGAGCAGAAAGUCCAAGGCCAAGACGACGUCCCUCCGCCGCGGCGGGAGGCGCAACGACGACGACGACGACGACGACGAUGCAGACGACGAUGGCGGCGAGAACGCCAACCCGUUCCCCUACCUGGGCCUCUACAAGGACUCGCGCGACUACGAGGAGCUCAUGGCCAUGAACGAGCUGGCCAGGGAAGAGGUCCUCUCGGAGCGAAAGUCGCAGAUCGACAAGCGCAAGCGCAACCUCCAGCUCCGCGACAUUCUCCGCCAGCAGCGCGCCGCCGCCGACGCCACCCGCAAAAAGGGGACGGCGCCGGCGCGGAAGAGGAAGAACAGCAGCGACCUCGACGUCAGCGAGUCGGACGACGACGCCCAGGGCGAGAGCGACCGCGACGGCGAGGGCUCCGACUACGAAGCUGCCGGUAGCCGCAGCCUGUCGAUCGGCGGUGCCGCGUCAGCCGCCAAGAGCCGCAAAAAGAAGGCCGUCGGCGCCACCGAGACCAAGACGGCCAAGCUGAGCGAGCUGCGCAAGCGGCGCAAGGAAAAGGCCAGCGGCGCCGCCGUCCGCAAGCACGACAGCGACGACGACGCGGCCGGAGGACGUCGCGGCAAGGGCGGCCGCAGCUACCAGAGCAGCAGCGACGGCGGCAGCGAGAGCGAGAGCGCCGACGACUACGACGACGACGACGCCUACGGAGCCUCGUCGCGCAGGAAGGGUGCCGCCACCAAGGGUGGCCGCACGUUGGGCGGCGCGAGGGACCGCCACCGCGACGACGAGCGCGACGGCGGUGCGUCGUCGCGCGAGCCGCCGAGCCUGGCCGACCUCAACAGCUGCCGCAUCAGCCGCGACCUCAUCGAGCAGAAGCUGUACGCUCCGAGGUGGCGCGAGACGUUCAAAGGAGCGUUUAUCCGUUUCUCUUGGGGCCAGAGGGAUCGAGAGGACGGAAUGGGCAAGGAGGAGAUCUACCGUGUCCAUCAGGUGCUCGACGUCAUCGAGAAGCCGAGGCGGUUCUAUGACCUGUCGAUGACGGCGUCGGGCCGGUGGUGCAACGUUUACCUGGUGUUUGAGCACCUUGGCAAGGAGUACGAGGCGUCGCUGGUGUCGCUGUCGCGCUCGCCGUUUACCGAGUCGGAGCGGGAGCGGUGGAUCCGCGCCGUGUCGUCGCAGCCCAAGGCCAAGCUGCCGCGCAAGCGCGAGCUCGAGGACAAGGCCGAGGAGCUCGACGACUUUUUCAACCGGACGCUGACCGAGGCCGACAUUGGGCGCAUCCUGGACAUCAAGAAAAAGGUGCGGGCGCAGGCCAAAGAGGUCGGGUUCGUCGACGGCCAGUCGUCGAGGAACGGCAGCGGUGGCAGCGGCGGUGGUGCAGGUGGGCCCAACAGCGGCGGCAACGGCAGGAGUGGGCGGGGCGAGGGCAAGUACGACGAGCACGUCAUGGCGGCCAUGAACGACCGCAACCGCAAGGCGGACCGCGAGAGGAUCGUCGAAGCCGAGCGCAAGGCGGCGCGCGCGAAGCGCGAUGCGCUCAAGCUCUCUGCCAGCAUGGCGGGAGAUGCGACGCCGACGGGCGCUCCGGGGACGGGUACGUCUACGCCCAUCCCUGCCGCAGCGCUGCCCAGCUUGACGGGCGUUCAGGCUCAGUCGGCGGCGGCAACGCCCACCGACGGCGGCGGUACGCCCACGGCCGGAGGCGUUGCGACGACGACGACGCCCGUCUCGACUGCGGGCAACGGCGCAGCCAAGGUGGCGCUCAAGAUUGAGGUGGAUCUGGGCGACUUUUGA